AUGAGAGAAAGGGGCGAGGAGGGGGUCGAGGGGGAGGACUUGAAGGGGGUGGAUAUGAUUAAUAAUCUCCCUGAUGACUGCCUGAGGGAGAUUUUUCGGAGGCUGCCUAUUUAUCAGAGGGUCGAAAUCGAGAAAGUGUGCAAGCGUUGGAAGAGAAUAGCCAAGACGUCUUGGCAUGACUUGAAACACCUUCCCUUCCUCCGGUUCUCUAACGGCAGUAUGGACUCCAAAACAAUUCGCGAAGUGCAGAAGAACCCGAAUCUGAUAAAAAAAAUUGUGAAACGCUGUGGACACUUUCUAAGAGAAUUGAAAAUAGCGACGCCCUGUGACCCUGAAGUUCUAUCAACGGCUGUUAAUGUCUGUCCGAACCUGAGUAAAUUGACGAUAGACGGUGGAAAUAUAGAGUGCAGAACAUCACGUUGUAGUAAAAAGUACCUUCUCCGUAAAUUUGACUUGAAUCUCGAGAGGUUCAUGAAACUCAAGCAUUUAUCACUGAAAAGUUUCUCGUCCAGCAGUAACGUUCUGAAAUCAAUGGAGAUGAAUCACAAGUCUCUGACCCAUCUGUCCCUGUUUUAUUGCAAAAUGGAUGCUGAUAAUCUGCUGUUAAUUACAAAACUGGCCAAUUUAGAGGCCCUGCAAGUGACGCACAGCAUCAUUGACGAGAAUUGGCUUCGAAAAUUUAUCGAAAACUGUAGAAAGAUCAGGCAUCUCGACAUAAGUUACUCGAAAUCCAUCACAGACUCCGGUGCAUUAAAUCUCCAAAAAUUAAAAAAUCUCGAAUGCUUGUCCAUUCAAGGCACCAAGGCAAUCACUGACAAAUCGCUGAUGCAUUUAUAUAAUUUAAGAGAACUGAACUGCAGUCGUUGCGAGAGGAUUUCAGACCCUGGGAUAAUGAAUUUAAUUAGGAAUGCCCCGAAUCUCGUGUUCUUAAAUCUUCAUGACACUAAAAUAACGAACAAAACAAUCGCAGAGGCUUAUGCCAAGUGGCUGACAAUGGGACUGAAUAAAGAGAUAUUCAGAAUAGCUGUGAGUGUGACAGCCCGAUGGAGCUGGAUGCACACUGGAGAACCUUUUUUACCCCUUGACAGAGAGGAAACUCGCUCAGAAAAUAUUUCUGUUUUUAAUUAAUUUCGUUCUUAGUGAAGAGGUGAAACGUAACAGAGCAGAGUCAUAUUUAAAUACCAGUUUCUGUAUCAAUCAUGAGACAUACUAGAGGGAAACACGAAAAAAUUUCAGAGAAAAGCCUAGGGAAUUCAAUAGAAAAUUUUGACCUUUUUUAGCUCUAUCACGCGUUUUUUAAUUGAAAAUGUCCAAUAGGAACUAUUUUUAUACAACUUUUUAUAUUGAGAUAUUUU